AUGAAGAUGCUUUGUUUUCACCCCAACUCCGAAAUUGUUAACGAAGAAAAAUUGAGUGAUUAUGAUGAUCUCUAUCAAUUCUAUCAUCUCAACGAGUAUCAAAUUUUCCCCAACACCAAAGGGUUCAAAGUGGAUUAUGAGAUGAGAAAGAAGGUGAUAGAUUGGCUUAUAGACUUACAUUAUAGUUUAAAACUCGUGGCCGAAACCCUAUAUCUUUGUGUCAAUAUUUUUGAUCGUUUUCUUUCGAAAAACAAUUUUGAAGUGUUAACGAUAGAUGGAUUUAAACUCAUUGGUCUCGCCUCAUUGCUCAUAGCUUCCAAAUAUGAACAAAGUAAUGUGAUCAGUGUUAGGGACAUGGAAUACAUUGUAGAAUACUUAUUUACUUCUGGUGAAAUAUGUGAAAUGGAGAAUAUUAUAUUAAAAGAGCUCGAUUGGAUUUUAACGGUUCCAACAUGUUAUAUGUUUCUUGGUAAGAAUCUAAGAGUGUGUCUUUUAUCUGAUAAAGACAAGAUCAUGGAAAAUAUGGUGUUUUUCUUCUCUGAAGUGAGCUUAACGCAUUAUUCGAUUGUGUGUGACUAUAAGCCUUCUGUGAUUGUUGCUUCUGCGGUGUAUUGUGCGAGAAUUGUUAUUGGGAGAUAUCCUCUAUGGAGCAAUGAGUUGAAGGUGUGUUGUGGAUACUCAGAAGAGGAGUUAAGUUCUUGUGCUAAAGUUAUGAUGAAUUUAUGCAAUGAAAUUUGUAAAGAUGGAAGCAUGCAAGUUUUUAAGAAAAUUUCAAGUUUAUUAAGAUGGAAGGUUGCACUUAUAGCUAAACAAAAAUUCUCAAUAAAUCGUUGUGAUCUUAAUGUUCAUCUCAAUAUGUGA